GGAUUGCGGCCUCACACAAAAAACUUGUGCUGCAAUAACUGCUGCUGCCUUUUCAACCUCCUUCAGUUUGAAGAUGCUAGACCUGACUGGCAAUGACUUUCCUUUUGAAGAAGAUCAGCAUCUCCAUCACCUCCUAAAGGAUCCUCGGUGUAAACUGAAGCAACUAAAAUGGGGUUGUGGUAUGUCGACUGCUCCUCGUGGUACCUUCAAAAAGGUUUAUCAAGUAAGGAGAUUCCAUCUUUCAGCAGAACCAUCCUCCAGUAGCAGCUCCCGCUCUUCAGAUGCUGCAGAGCUGCACCUUGCACAGCUGUUCUCUACUCACACUCCCACGCUGGAUGGCUCCAGUGAUGCAAUGCAGAGUGGCUGUAAAUGCUGUGCUGAAGUUCCAGACACCAGUCACUGGAUCCUGGUGGAGCCUGAGGUCUCUACAGAGAAGAACAUCUCAAUUUAUAGCCUGAGCUCUGCUGCAGGGAGCUAUGAGUGCUCAGAGUCCAGUCUGCGUUGGUCAUGUGUUGGUCCAGUCACCCUGCAGUAUCGCUUCAUGGACUGGCAAAUCUUUGCUGAAGAGCUGGCACAAAUGCAAUGCAGUCCAGCUGGUCCUCUAAUGGACAUCAAGCUCAUAUCAGGAGAACUGGAGGAGCUGGAGGAUAUCCACCUGCCUCAUUUCCUGUGUUUGGGAGGUAGCCAGUCUGCUCUGAUGGAUGCUGUGAAGGUUUUGCAUCAGCAGAACGGUGGAGUGUGUCUGGAGACGCGUGAGCUGAGUCGCUCCCAUGCCAGACUGUUGAAACCUUCCUUGUCCAUUCUUGGCGUUGUCAAGUAUAUGACGUCUUUUCUGUUUCCUGAAAAAGAGAACAAGAUGGAGAUCCACACAUGUGUUGACGUCUACAGAAGCAGCAUACUACCCCUCACUUUCCACGUCUACCUUAUGCCAAAAAAUGCCCAUUUGAAAAAGCUAGUGGAGGAGCAGGAGAAAUUGAAGGAGUUUGGUGGAAUCCGACUUGGCAUGCCCUCACCCGUAGAGUGUCUUCAGUUGAACCAGCUCUAUGCUUUACAGACAGACUGUGACUCCACCAUCCUUCCUCCUAAGCUGAAACUUGAAAUGGCAAGAAAUCUCGACGUUACCCCCAAUUUUUCUGAGGUACGCCCAAAAAAGGCUGGUGACUUCAGGGUCAUGCUCCUCAGUUCUGCAGACAGUCGAGAGGUUAAAAAGGAGGUCUGGCAAGCAGAGAUCCUUGGAAUCGAAUGCUGCCCCCCUCAUCAGGGCACUGUACAAACCUCCAGCGGAGGUCCCGUCUCCAGCCUCCCCUGUGGAGUUGAUGCUACUGACACUCACACAGCUGUGGACCAAUUCAUGGGCUGUCAAGACGUUCAGACAUCUGAGUGUUCAACAAGUGUCCUGCAGACUGACACUGUCCUGGACUGGCUCUUCAGUGCUCUGGAUCAUUUGGAGUCUGACCAGCUGAAGAGGUUCAAGGCCUAUUUAUCGGAGAAGGGGACCUUGGAAAGUUGUGUGCCUAUUCCCAAAGGACAGCUGGAGCAGUAUAAUGAGACAGACCUGGCCUCUUAG